UAUUUAUUCUAGUAUCUCAAGGACCAAACUUGCCAACAUGUUAAUAACUAAGGGACAAAAAAUGCAAUUCUCCCCUAUUAUAAAUACACAACGUGAACGUUUGACUUUGUAAUCAGAUCACACAAUGGAAAUUCCUCCGAUGGAAGAAUUCACCCAUUUCAGUCAUCGCCACCCAUUAAAGAUCUCCGAUAUCCUCGAUGAAGAAGAUCAAGUCAUCUGCUCCGCCUGUGAGCACAAUCUCUCCGGUGGGUCUGCCUACACGUGCACAAAAAUAAAUUGCGACUUCAUACUCCACGACUUUUGUUUCGAUUUGCCUAGGCAAAUUAAACACAAGUCUCACCCGAAACACACUUUAAGUCUCCGUUUUUCCCCUCCUUACGACGAUAGGGAAUUCACGUGUGAUGCAUGUGGGAAUUCGGGUCACGCGUUUUCGUUUCAUUGUGAUAAGUGUAAGUUUGAUCUUCACGUGGAGUGUGCUUCGUUGCCUGAGAUCGAAGAAAGGGAAGAUCAUCAACAUCCUCUUACGUUGUGUUAUAAUAGUAGUAACUUGUUUUUAGGUAAGGAGGUGGAAGUGGAUGUGAUGUGUUAUGUUUGUAAAAGAGGAGUUGAGAAGAGUUGUUGGUUUUAUUGUUGUUUGGCUUGUAAAUGUGGUGCACAUUUGGAUUGUGUGUCUACUCAAGAAAUUCAAGUUUUAGAAAUUUAAAAUUUCUCUUCUCUUAAGUGUAAAUUUAAGAGAAAAAUAAUAAAAUGUUUAUUGUGGAAAUUCAAUACUCCUCGAGAGAUGCCUUUUGAUGUUAAUUAAUCUGCCGUUUCAACU